AUGGAAGGGGUAGAUGGUUGGUUGGUGGAAGCAAGUGGGGAUGAUAGGUGUUUGGAGAUAGAGGAGAUUGUGCAAACAGCCACUAUUGGCAUGGAUCUAGGAAUGCUUAGUAGGAAGACUAAGGGAGGGGGGAAAAGGAGAGCUAGAGAAAAAAGGGAGGACACCAAGCAGGAUGGCAAGAGUUCAGAUCACAAGCCAAUCCUGCUGACUAUGAACAGAAGGGACAGAUUCACAAGGAAGGAUUGUAGAAUCUUUAGAUUUGAAGCAAGCUGGAAUAAGGAGGAGGGAUGUGAGAAAGUAAUCCAAGAGGCAUGGAGGAGUAAUGAAGGAAGGAGAGGUUCACAAACCCCAAUAACAAAACGACUAGAAAGGUGUAGAGGGGCACUUCUAGGAUGGUGUAAGCAGUUCAAGCUGGACAGGAAUCAAGAAAUAAAGUUAAAAACUGAGGCACUGACAAGGUUACAAGAUGAAGAGAGUUGCCUUAAUGCAGCUGAAAUAAAGAAGUUACAAAAAGAAGUUGGAACUUUGCUUGAGAAGGAGGAUAUUAAGUGGAAACAAAGGGCUAAAAGAAAUUGGUAUGCUAAGGGUGACAGAAAUACAAAGUAUUUCCAUGCUUGUACAAACCAAAGGAGGCGAAAGAACACAAUUAAACAAAUUGAAGAUGGGCAAGGGAGAAUCUGCAAAGACCAAGAGGGCAUUGAGGGAGCCUUUAAAGGUUAUUUUGAGAGCUUGUUCAAUUCAACUCAGCCUAGUUCAGAAGAGAUGGAAGAUUGCUUAAAACACUUAGAACCUCGAGCUACAAGGGAGGCAAAUGACAAACUGCUCAGACCAUUUAGCAAGGGGGAGAUUGAAGAAGCAAUUAAAAGCAUGGCACCUCUAAAGUCACCAGGCCCUGAUGGUUUUGGAUCUUGCUUCUAUCAAAACCAUUGGAAAACAAUUGGAGAUGAUGUGUGUGCAGCUGUGCUUAACCAUCUCAAUGGUACCAUUCCUUUCCAACUUGUCAAUUUUACCUUUAUUGCUUUAAUCCCCAAGAAGAAGGACCCAAAAGUAGUAAUUGAGUAUAGGCCCAUCAGUCUUUGUAACGUUUUUUAUAAAAUUAUUUCCAAAGUGCUAGUUAAUAGAUUCAAAGGAGUUCUAACAGAGAUCAUCUCAACCAAUCAAAGUGCCUUCAUUCUUGGUAGAAUUAUUACUGACAAUAUCAUGAUUGCCUAUGAGAUUUUGCAUACCAUGAAGGUGGGGAAGAAGGGUAAGAAAGGAAACAUGGUCAUUAAGCUUGACAUGUCAAAAACUUAUGAUAGGAUAGAGUGGCCAUUUGUGAAAGCAGUAAUGAAAAAAUUUGGCCUCUGUGAUGAUUGGAUAAAGAUAGUCAUGAGGUUAAGCUCUUUGCUUAAUCAUUCAGAUUUGACUGGGAAUACUAAAGGGGUUACAGUUGUGAGAGGAGGGAGUAGAGUAAAUCAUCUGCUAUUUGCAGAUGACUGCAUUUUAUUUGGGAGGGCUUGUGUUGAGGAAUGGAAGAGAUUGCAAGAGUUGUUGCUGAGGUAUGAAAAAGCUUCUGGCCAAUUUCUGAAUAAAGAGAAGACAUCAGUCUUUUUUAGUUCAAAUACUCAUAUGGCAGACAGGGAUCUUAUUCUAAGAGCAGGGGGUCCAUGGUCCAAGGCAGCUAUGAAAAAUACAUUGGUUCAAGCUGCAAUUCCCUCUUACACAAUGAGUGUGUUUAAGCUUCCCAAAAAGCUUUGUAAGGAAAUCAAUAUCAUGUUGUCUAAAUUCUGGUGGGAAGCUAAAUUGGGGAAUGCCCAUUCUCUGAUAUGGAGAAGUGUUUGGAAUUCAUUGGGGUUACUAAAGGAGGGGUUGAGGUGGAAAGUUGGGGAUGGUGAAAAAAUCAACAUUUGGGGUAAAAAAUGGUUGCUAUCUCCCUCAACCUUUUGUGUUCAAUCCCCCAUCUCGAUCCUAGAUGAAAAUUCAAAAGUUAGAGAACUGAUUGAUGAUGUUUCAAAGGACUGGAAUGAAGGCUUAAUCAGGUCUAUAUUCAAUAAAGAAGAAGCUGAUCAUAUUUGUAGUAUCCCCAUGAGUACUAGGGGUGUAGAGGACAAAUUGAUAUGGGGUCCCUCGAGAAAAUGUGUUUUUUCAGUCAAAAGUGCAUACUUCUUGGAUGAAAAUAGAAAGAAGGUUGUGGUGGGAGAUUCUUCUAGGGAGAAUGAGAAGGAUAGCAGGUGGAAGUCUAUAUGGGAAAUGAAAGUUCCUGGUAAGGUGAAGUUGUUUAUGUGGAAGAGGAGACUGUCAUGCAUGUUCUAUGGCAGUGCCCAGCAGCAAGUGGUGUGUGGGCUGAGGCUCAUAGUGCAACUCAGAAAUUGGGGUGCUAUGGAGACUGAUCUGCUUAAGCUUUGGGAAGAUCUGGAAGGGAAGCCCAACAAAAUUGAAUUAGAAGAAGUUGCAGUCAUCAUGAGGGGAUUGUGGAUGAGAAUGAACAGUUUUAUUUUUGACAACAAAUUUCUUAACCCAAGUAGUAUUAUCAGAGCUACAAGAGAAUCUCUGGAAGAAUACCACUUAGCAGAGGAGGGGACAACAGAUUCAAGUAGAGGAGGGGACAGUAGAGUAGAAGUCAUCCAGAAAUGGUCACCACCAGGAGCAAACAGUUUUAAAGCUAACUGGGAUGCAGCUUGUAAUGUCAAACUUAGGAAAAUGGGGGUAGGAGUCAUUAUUAGAGAUGAAAAUGGGGCAGUUACAACAACAUAUUGUGGAAUCAAAGGUAAUGUGGAUCAACCAGUAAUAGCAAAAGGAAUUACUCUUGGAAAAGCCAUGGAACUUUGCAGAGACUUGGGACUCAACAAAGUGACAUUCGAAGGAAAUGCUCAAAACAUUGUUAAAGCUGUUUAUAGCCCAGAUGAAAACUUAUCAUGCCUCGACAGUAUCAUUGAAGAUUCAAAGUCAUUUUUAUCUGAAUGGUCCAAUUGGUCAAGUACUGAUGGUGACCUGAGUCGCAUACCGAUGCUUAGAGAAAGAGGCUUUGAUUGGGCACUGUUCGCGGUGGCGACGGCGGCUUUAAACGGCAGAGAUGGAUAG